GGAAAGCCAAAAACGCAUGCGUAUCAUCCGAUUUUUGGUGCACCGUCAAAUCUAAUCCCUCGGCGUCUGAGAUUUACGCGGUAAAUAAUUCUCCUUCUCUCACGUAAAUCCCUGGCCCUUAGUCGGAUUCCGAAUCUCAAGCUUUUCCGUCUCAAGCUUUCCAAACAUUUGGGGCUUUCAAUCUCCUGUCAAUUCGAUCCCAUCCCAUCGUAAUUAGGGUUUCCUGAUCACCGAAACUCACAAUGCCGCCGUUCUGGUCGAGCACGACCUCUAAGGCGGUGAGGUCCUUGCUCUCCCGGAAAAUUGGUGCCAGGUAUCUGGUCCGCUCCGGCCGGAAAUUUGACCAAAUUCGAUGCUUUAGUAGCAUUGCAGGCAUAGAAACCCCUUCGUCAUCGGUCCGCAAAUGGACCGCCGAUUCCCAGCUGGAUUUCAAUUACAGGUCACGGAGGCAAUUUCUCGGCUGUGGUGACGGCGAGGAAGGCGGCGUAUUAUCCAAAGUCUAUGAGGAGAGGCGCGUAUUGGGGUAUUCUCCAGAGCAGUUAUACGAUGUGGUUGCUGCGGUAGACUUGUAUGAUGGUUUCGUUCCCUGGUGUCAGCGGUCUGCCAUAAUUAAAAACUAUCCUGAUGGAUCAUUUGAUGCUGAGCUCGAGAUUGGGUUUAAAUUUCUUGUUGAAAGUUACAUCUCACAUGUCGAAUUAGAGAGACCGAAGCGUAUAAAGACCACUGUGUCAAAUAGUUCCCUUUUCGAUCAUCUCAUAAACAUCUGGGAAUUCAAUCCGGGGCCAGUUCCAGGAUCUUGCAGCCUUUAUUUCUUGGUGGAUUUUAAGUUCCAGUCGCCACUUUACCGACAGGUGGCAUCGGUAUUCUUUAAGGAGGUCGUCUCUAAGCUUGUUGGUUCAUUUAAUGAGCGAUGCCGUUUGAUAUAUGGACCAGGAGUUCGAGUUCUUGAAAACUCGUAUGGACAAGGGGCAUGAGGUUUGACAUUUUUCCCCAUUAAACAAGGCAUUGGACGAGCUUCUGUGGAGUGCAGUCUGCAAUAUGAUCGAAUUCAGUUUAACAGUCCCCCAUGCCGAGAGGCUCAUUGAUCUUUUGAUCAUACGUCAGUGCCCUAAGCCACUGGGCGGCGGAGGAUUUCUUCUGUUAUAACCCAAUUUACACUUAAUCGUUCAAUGGAUUUUUUUUUAAUGUUUGUUCCUUACAUGUGCUCAAUAGAAUGAAGUUUAACAUCACAGCAGCAUCUCUAGACUAGUAUUCAGUUCAAUAGGACUACAUUUGCAUUCUUAAAUAGGUUCCGUCGUCGACGUUAUUGUUUCCUUGGUUCAUGAUUAAACAUAUCUGGUCAUAAAUUUCUGUCAUGUACCUCCAAUGGUGACUUCAAUCUAUAGUUCAUUUCUUUGAAUCGAUU